AUGGCGACCCACCGGCUGGUGCUGGUGCGGCACGGCGAGAGCACCUGGAACCAGGAGAACCGCUUCUGCGGCUGGUUCGACGCCGAGCUCAGCGAGCGGGGCCGGGAGGAAGCGCGCCGCGGGGCCGCCGCCAUCGCCGCCGCCGGCCUGGCCUUCGACGUCUGCUACACCUCGGUGCUCAAGCGCGCCGUGCGCACGCUCUGGCUCAUCCUCGACGGCACCGACCAGAUGUGGGUGCCGGUGGUGCGCAGCUGGCGCCUCAACGAGCGCCACUACGGCGGCCUCACCGGCCUCGACAAGGCGCAGACGGCGGCGCGGCACGGCGAGGAGCAGGUCAAGGUGUGGCGGCGCUCCUUCGACGUGCCGCCGCCGCCCAUGGACGAGCAGCACCCCUACUACCAGGUCAUCAGCAAGGACCGUCGCUACGCGGAGCUGCGGCCCGGCGAGCUGCCCAGCUGCGAGAGCCUCAAGGACACCAUCGCCCGGGCGCUGCCCUUCUGGGACGAGCACAUCGCCCCCCAGAUCAAGGCCGGCAAGCGGGUGCUCAUCGCCGCCCACGGCAACAGCCUCCGCGGCAUCGUCAAGCACCUCGAAGGGAUGUCGGACGCGGCCAUCAUGGAGCUCAACCUGCCCACGGGCAUCCCCAUCGUCUACGAGCUGGACGCGGCGCUGAAGCCCACCAAGCCCAUGCAGUUCCUGGGCGACGAGGAGACCGUGCGCAAGGCCAUGGAGGCCGUGGCCGCCCAGGGCAAGGUCAAGAAGUGACCGCCGCCACCCCCCCUUUCCCCAAAAUAAAGGCUCCUCUCCCCCCCCG